AUUAUUAAACCACAGCAAAAAAUAAAAGCAUGAGGCAGGACCAGCAGCUGCAUACAUAAUGUAGCAGUAGACGAACAGAGAACGAAUAGAGUGUCCCUUAAAUUAUUUUCAUUCUGUUAUCAUGCUGCUAAACUUCUUUUUCUUCUCAAUUUAUUUUUCCUUGUAAAAACUUCCUACUCUUUUUCCACUUUUCUACUUCCAUUCUUUUAAACUUAACAUGUUAUCCACAGAUGACCAGCAAGCGACACCAUUACAGCAGCACGAUUCCGAUCAACAACAGAUACAAGAUGAAGUGGAAGAUCUUGGAGUGAAGAAUAACGAUCAGCAGCAACUAGAGGAACAGGAGAGGCAAAAAGCGGACUCUGAGCAAGUGACAAACGAAGUGAUAGCCAAACUUACACGCUUAGAGGGCGGAUUUCAAUGUCUAUUGGAUAAAGUGAAACAGGACAUCCAAGCAGCAAAAGAUGUUGCACUGUUUCUUAAAAAGAGAGCAGUCAUCGAGGAGGAAUAUGGAAAGCAAAUGAUAAAACUGGCACAGUCAGUAAGCGAGACUUACGAGAAGAACCAUCAAACAAAGUCUAGUUACGGAACUAUAUGGACCCAGUUUUUGAAAGUACACGAAAAAAUUGGCGAACAAAGAGUCAGGUUUUCCAGUGAUAUAGCGGAGGUUUCCGACGACGUACAGAUUAUGAGUAAGGAUAUCGAAAAGAGUCGAAAGCAAGUAAAAGAGUCGGGUAUUCGACAUGAACGAAUUAGAAUGGAAGCAGAAGCUGCACUAGACAAGAGCAAGCAAAGAUACGACAUGUUUAGUGAAGAAUGGGAGAAGGCUAUCAUUGCGAAAAAUAAUAGCGAAACAGCAGACUUGGAUCAUAGUAGCAAAAGUGGUGGUUUAUUUAAAAGCAAUAAAACUCCAAUGCAGCUUAAACGUCAAGUCGAUGAGUCAUGUGCAAAAGCGAACCAAGCACAAUCGAUAUACAAGAAUCAGCUCAUUGCUACCAACGCAGCUCGUCAAAACUAUUAUCAAAUUAAAUUACCAUCCGAUUUGUUCACUUUGAAAUCGGUUGACGAUGAGUGUAAUGCUGCUACACGAUAUCAAUUGGCUCGCUAUUCUUAUCUAUUUGAGGAAGCACUUACGAAAGAUGGUUAUGCGCUGGAUAAUGAUGACGGAACUGGGCUUAGAUCGUUAACAGAAAAGAUUGAUUAUGAUAUAGAUAUUGUGGAAGUCGUAAAGAGGAUGAUGGUGAAGGCAACAAAUAAUAGUAGUAAUAGAGGUCAUCAGCAAGGCAGCAGCAACAAUAACCCACGACUGAUUAACAUUGAACAAGAGAUACCCUACAAGGAAUACCCAAUGUCUGCUACUGCUAUGAGUAUAUUAAAACCAAAUCCGGUAUUUGGUAUAGAUUUAACACAACUAAUGCAAAGAGAUGGUCAAGAAGUGCCUCUUGUAGUACAAAAAUGCACAGAAGCUGUCGAGCAAUUGGGACUGAAAACUGUUGGAAUUUACCGUGUGUCAGGCACGAGUACGCAAAUACAGAGACUUAAAAAUGCGUUUGACAGAGAUUGUAAAUCAGUAAAUCUCUUGAGUGAAGAGAAUAGGGCUGAUAUCAACAACGUUACCAGCUUGUUAAAGUUAUGGUUCAGAGAGCUACCAGAUCCAUUAUUUCCUCAAUCAUCGUAUCAACAUUUCAUGAAUGCAGCAAGAAUCGAAAAUGAUCGUAUGCGAGUGUUAGGCCUACAUACUAUCAUCAAUGAUUUACCAGAUGCACACUAUGCUACUCUCAAACAUAUUAUGUGUCAUCUUGACAGAGUACAACAAAAUCAAGAGUAUAAUAAAAUGACAAUUGCCAAUCUAUCAACAAUCUUUGGCUUGACUCUUAUGGGCGGAGAUGGCGGUAGCAACCAAUCUUCCAUUUCAUCCCAUCAAGAAAAUAUACGACUAGCAGACACACAAUGGCAUGUUAAGAUUGUUCAAACUAUUAUAGAGAAUUAUAGGCUAAUUUUUGAACCCGAUGAAGAAGAUGAAGGGACAGCAUAAUUGCAGUAUCAGCUUAAAUAUGGCUUAAAUAAUAGCGGCUCCAUUUAUACGAUGUCCAUUCUGAAAGCUAAUAAACUCAACGUGAGAUAACCAACUUUCGUGUUGUAUUUGGUUUGAAAACUGAACGCUACAACUUAGAAUUCUAAAUUUGCUAAAUAUGAUGUGAACUGUGGAAAUAGAAUAACGCAUCUAAUGUGUCG